GCUGUCAGCGGCAGAACGGUGGUGUGUGCUCGACGGGGUGGGUAUGGCAGCGCUGAACGGUGCUGUGGAGAACGGGCAGCCUGACAAAAAGGGGCCGCCGCUGCCACGGCCUUUGAGGGGUUUGGAGGUGAAAUACACCAAGAUAUUUAUAAACAAUGAAUGGCAUGAGUCUACCAGUGGAAAGAAGUUCCCUACCUACAAUCCCUCAACACUGGAGAAAAUUUGUGAUAUUGAGGAAGGAGACAAGCCUGAUGUGGAUAAUGCUGUGGAAGCAGCAAAGGCAGCAUUCCAGAGGGGGUCUCAGUGGAGACAGAUGGAUGCCUUAAGCAGAGGACGGCUCCUACACAAGCUGGCUGAUCUUCUAGAGCGAGACAGAGUCAUCCUGGCAACUUUGGAAACAAUGGACACAGGAAAACCUUUUCUGCAGGCUUAUUUCAUUGACCUGGAAGGUUGUAUAAAGACACUCCGCUAUUAUGCUGGAUGGGCUGAUAAAAUCCAGGGCAGGACUAUCCCUGUGGAUGAAAACUUUGUCUGUUUCACUAGGCAUGAACCGAUGGGUGUUUGUGGAGCUAUAACUCCAUGGAACUUCCCAUUGCUGAUGCUGGUUUGGAAGAUGGCACCGGCGCUGUGCUGUGGAAACACUUUGGUUAUUAAGCCAGCUGAACAAACUCCUCUAACAUCACUGUACAUUGGCUCGCUGAUUAAGGAGGUGGGUUUCCCUCCAGGUGUGGUGAACAUUGUGCCAGGCUACGGCCCCACAGCUGGAGCAGCCAUCUCUACCCAUCAGAGCAUUGAUAAAAUUGCUUUUACUGGAUCGACAAAGGUUGGGAAACUGAUCAAGGAAGCUGCUUCUAAAAGCAACCUGAAAAGGGUGACAUUAGAACUCGGAGGAAAAAACCCCUGCAUUGUGUGUGCAGAUGCAGACUUGGACCUGGCAGUGGAAUGUGCCCAUCAAGGUGUGUUCUUCAAUCAAGGGCAGUGCUGCACAGCUGCCUCACGAGUGUUUGUGGAAGAGCAGAUAUAUCCAGAGUUUGUCAAGCGCAGUGUGGAGUAUGCCAAGAAGAGACUUGUUGGAGACCCCUUUGAUGCCAGAACUGAGCAAGGGCCCCAGAUUGACCAAAAACAGUUUGAUAAGAUCCUGGAGCUGAUAGAAAGUGGGAAGAAAGAAGGUGCAAAGCUGGAGUGUGGUGGUCUUGCCAUUGAAGACAGAGGCCUGUUUAUAAAACCCACUGUGUUUUCAGAGGUCACUGACAACAUGCGUAUUGCCAAAGAAGAGAUUUUUGGGCCAGUUCAGCCUAUUAUGAAGUUCAAGAGUAUAGAAGAGGUCAUAAGAAGAGCCAACAAUACCGAGUAUGGACUCACAGCUGCAGUGUUCACAAAGAAUCUGGACAGAGCAUUAACAUUAGCUUCUGCUUUGCAGUCGGGAACUGUCUGGAUCAACUGUUACAAUGCUCUGUAUGCACAGGCUCCUUUUGGUGGCUUUAAAAUGUCAGGAAAUGGCAGAGAACUUGGUGAAUAUGCUUUGGCAGAAUAUACUGAAGUGAAAACAGUCACCAUUAAACUGUCCCAGAAGAGUCCAUGAAAACAGGAGGCCUGAAAAUGCUGACAUUCUGAAUGUGACACACUGGGGACGUGUUCAGAGCAAGUGGGAGGGGAGGGGUAGGAAAGAAAAUGGAAACGCCUAACUUUAUUCCUCUAGAAUCACUGAAUCUGCUGGACUCCAUUUUGUCAACUGGCUCUCUGAAAACUGAUUUAACUGACCCUACUGGCA